AUGCUGAAAGUAUCUAAAAUUCAUACAUUAUAUUACGAAGAAAGUGGAAACUCAUCGGGUAAACCGAUUCUGUUUUUACGUGGUAGACCAGGCGGUGGCACUGAACCGCGGGAUAGACGAUUUUUUGAUCCACAAACCUAUAAAAUUAUCUUGUUUGAUCAACGUGGUGCUGGUAAGUCAAUACCAAAUGCACGUUUAGAUGAGAAUACGACAUGGGAUUUAGUCGAUGAUAUAGAAAAAUUACACAAAUAUUUAAAUAUUGAUAAAUAG